AUGGCAAACAAAAGAACACCAAUUGCAGUUGUAUUAGUGAAUGCAGUUAAAGUUGCUCCUUUAAUCGUUUCUAAAGUCAGUGAUUUAUGGUUUGAUAAUGCAUGGCAUUUGGAGGAGGUUGAUGAGUGGCUUACUCCUGAGCUGCAAUCUGAAAUUGGAGGAUCUGGUGCUUAUGCUAUUUUCUUGCAGGUAGUUAGUGCCUUGAGGUGGCAGGUCUUUAUGAUAAAGACCAGGAAGAUGGAUACUCUCUGGGGUUUAGAGAUGUUGAGGGAUCUAAGGAUUGAAUCUCCUUUUUCUGUGGUUACAAAAAUCAAAUGGAUUAAAUGGGAACCCCCACCUGUGUGUAUGUUAAAGCUCAAUGUCGAAGUUAAAACUGGUUGCUUUAGUGAUUUUUCAGCUACUGGUAUUCUGCCUUUGGCUGGAAAAAUGUUGUUGCAGCAAGAUCAAGCCCAGAAGCCUAAUGCAAGUAGAUUACUUCUGCAGCAGGACCAGGGCAUGAUGCUUAUUGCUAGAUUGAAGAGGAUGCUUGUUUGUGAGCAAAGGCACGGGGUUGGAUGA